AUGGACCCGGUACCAGCGCCCCGCGGGGAGCCCUCGUCGUUGCAGAAGAUCGAGGUGGAUGCCGCCAAUAUCGCCUCCGCCGCGGAUAUGGACGACGAGACGAAUCUCACGACGGAGACGGUGGUCGCGGUGGAGAAAGACGUGUCUCAGUCGGAGUACGAGACCGAUAGCGAUGCCUCGGGCGACGAGUGGGAGACCCAGUCUCUCUACGAGGACGCCAUCCAGGUUCUGCGCGAUGAUCAGCUGCGCGAUGGAGUACCCGAUGCUUGCACCUUGGAAGAAGCCGUUGCUUUUCGAAAUCGGCUCCAUGAAAUCGGCAAGGCUGCCUUUGUUGGCGAAACCAUCGGCCAGGAUACAGUAACCGCUAAGAAGCUCUGCACGGCGUUCGGCAUCUUGCCCCCGCCUUUCCUCGAAGGCGCGCCGGAUGAGGCGUAUCAUCCUCUUCUAGCGAUCGCGAUCUCGCGGGAAUUCUCCAGGCGCCAGAAGCUUCCCCAAUACAACACGAUCGAGGAUGCGGUCAGAUUGCUUCAAGAAUCCAAAAAUAUCGUCGUGCUGACAGGUGCCGGCAUCUCUACGAGUCUCGGUAUUCCCGACUUUCGAUCGAAAGACACCGGACUGUAUUCGCAGUUGGAGCAUCUCGGUCUGAGCGACCCGCAGGAAGUCUUUGACAUUCAGGUCUUCCGCGAGGACCCCAGUAUCUUCUUCUCGAUCGCAAAGGACAUCUUGCCUACCGAGAAGAAAUACUCGCCGACCCACGGGUUCAUUCGGCUGCUGCAGGACAAAGGGAAACUCCUCACCAACUACACCCAGAACAUUGACAACAUCGAGGCCAAUGCAGGCGUGCUUCCCGAAAAGAUCGUCCAAUGCCAUGGCUCUUUUGCAUCCGCCACGUGCGUGAAGUGCAAGUAUCAAGUCCAGGGCGAUGCAAUCUUUGACGAGAUCAAGAAGGGGGUCAUUCCUGAGUGUACGGUGUGCCGCGAGAAGAUCGCAGAGGAAGCCUUGAAGGCGCAGGGCAUGAAGCGCAAACGUAGCACUAAUGGAACGCACAAAAACCGCAAGAAUGACGGCGAGGACAGCUCGGAAGAAGAGGAUUAUGAAAUUCCUACUCCGGGCGUGAUGAAGCCGGACAUCACUUUCUUCGGCGAGGAUCUUCCCGACGAGUUCGGCCAUCGUCUUCUCCACCAUGACCGUGACCAGGUGGAUCUGGUGAUUGUCAUUGGGACCUCGUUGAAAGUAGCCCCUGUAGCGGAAGUGCCGGGGGUGCUGCCUCGCACCGUGCCUCAGAUCUACAUUUCUCGCACCCCUGUAUCGCACACUGGCUUCGAUAUCGACUUGCUGGGCGACUGCGACGUGGUGGUGUCUGAACUUUCUCGCCGAGCUGGCUGGGACUUGAAGCACGAGAUGAUUCCCCAGGGCGAGAAGGUUGAGGUGACUCCAGUGGAAGGAUAUGAAUCACGACAUGUGUUUAAGGUUGUUGGCGCAUAG